GAGGUGGAGAGUUACUACAGAUUUUCUCGCCGCUGCCACUGGCUGUGUGAUGAGAUCAUGCAGCUGGACAGCAGUCCUCUCCGAGCUGCUGACAUCACCCCCGACCUCAAAAAGCAGUUUGCCUUCUUGUCAGGAGGUAGAGGAGACAACGGCAGCCCCAUCAUUGUGUUCCCAGAAUUCCCUGCGUUUGGGGAGAUCACGGACAGGGAGUUUCACAACGUGCUGACCUACCUGACAAGUGUGCCCAGUUUGUCGUCGACAGGCGUGGGUUUCAUCCUGGUCAUUGAUCGCCGGCAAGACCGAUGGGCAGCUGUCAAGGGGACCCUGCUUCGUAUCGCAGGCUCCUUCCCAGGGAACCUCCAGCUGGUUCUGGUUCUGAGGCCCACCACCCUCCUGCAGCGCACACUGUCAGACAUCCUCUUCAAGUUCAACAAGGAUGAGUUCAAGAUGAAGGUGCCGGUGAUUAUGCUCAGCUCCAUAACUGAGCUGCACUCGUAUAUCGACCGCAGCCAGCUGACGCAGGAACUCGGAGGAACACAGGAGUACUGCCACGAGAAGUGGAUCUCACACCGUACUGCUAUUGAAGGCUUCGCAUUGAUGGUUAAGAAAACAGCGCAGACCCUGCAGUCAUUUGGGACUGAACUGGCAGAAACUGAACUCCCAAAUGAAAUCCAGGCCACAAACGUCCUGCUGAGCACACACACCAACAAGAAAGAGAAAAUGAAGGAGGACAUACUGGUGGCUCUGGGUCAGGGCAGCAGGCUGCUGGAGAGCAUCAACGAGCCUGUCGUGCGAGACCCCGACCACAACAUGAACCAGGAUGAACUGGAGAACCUUGCUACAGUGCAAAGGCUGCUGUCUCAGCUGGACGAGACAGAAAGGGCUUUCGAUGAGUUCUGGGUGAGGCAUCAGACCAAACUGGAGCAGUGUCUCCAACUGCGCCACUUUGAGCACAACUACAGAGAGGUGAGGGUUCUGCUGGAUCAGGUGUCUGAGAAACUGGCAACCUUCUCUGAGGUGGGGAUCAGCCCGGCUCAUGCCGACCACAUCUUCUGUGAACUCACCACCUACGAGGAGAGAGUCUGUGAGGUUCUGGACAGAGCCUUGGCCUUGUCUCGUGAGGGUGACGAACUGAUCCAGAACUCCCACUAUGCCGAGGACUCCAUUCAGCCCAAAUGCAGCGAGCUCAGAGCUGUCAGUGAGAAUGUGAGCAGCAGCCUGAGGGCCAAGAAGGACCACCUGCUGAAAGCCAUGGAGCUGCACCACCGACUGGAGAGGGCAUCCAAAUGGGUCGACGAUGGCAUCUACCUGCUGGCCUCUCAGCCGGUGGACAAAUGUCAGUCACAUGAGGGGGCGGAGCUGGCGCUGCAGGAACUGGAGCGUUACCUGGAUAACGCUGGCCAGAAUCAAAUGACAGACCUCAGCACCAUCUGGGGCGAGUAUGAAGCAGUGCUGAACCAGCAGUUCAGGGACCAAGUGGAGAAAGUUUUCCAGAAGCAGACGUCCAUGCAGGAGAUGUUUGACAAGAGGAGGGUCAGUCUCAAGAAGCUAGCAGCCAAACAAACCAGGCCUGUGCAGCCAGUAGCCCCCAGACCUGAAGCCUUCAUCAAAUCUCCUCUCAGCUCACCUGCGCACAGAGCUCAGCAGGAGAAAAACUCAGAGACAGUCUCUGGAAACAACUGUGAAAAAGGAAACGGCCAACUGCAGAACGGAGACAGUAACAGCAGACAUGCUUCUUUGUCCGAGGAGGAGGAGAACCUGGCAGUGCUCAGGCGGCAUGUUAUGAACGAGCUGCUGGAAACUGAGAGAGCCUACGUGGAAGAGCUGCUCUGUGUGCUGCAGGGCUAUGCCUCUGAGAUGGAUAAUCCGGCCAUGUCUCCUCUCAUCCCUGCUCCUCUGCAGAACAAAAAGGAGAUUUUGUUCGGCAACAUGCCAGAAAUUUACCACUUCCACAAAAGAACUUUUCUUCGGGAGUUGGAGCAGUACACAGACUGCCCAGAGCUGGUUGGAAGGUGUUUCUUAGAGAGGAUGACGGACCUGCAGAUCUAUGAGAAGUACUGCCACAACAAGCCCCGCUCUGAGAGUCUGUGGAGGCAGUGCUCAGACUGCGCCUUCUUCCAGGAGUGUCAGAAAAAGCUGGAGCAUAAACUGGGUUUAGAUUCAUAUCUGCUGAAGCCGGUUCAGAGGAUUACCAAAUAUCAGCUGCUACUGAAGGAAAUGCUGAAGUACAGUAAGAGCUGUGAGGGGGCUGACGAUCUGCAGGAGGCGCUGACCUCCAUCUUAGGCAUCCUCAAGGCUGUCAAUGACUCUAUGCACCUCAUCGCCAUUACAGGAUACGAGGGUAAUCUGAGUGAGCUCGGUAAGCUGCUGAUGCAGGGCUCAUUCAGCGUGUGGACAGAGCACAAGAAGGGUCACGCCAAGGUGAAGGAUCUGGCCCGUUUCAAGCCCAUGCAGAGACACCUCUUCCUGCACGAGAAGGCCCUGCUGUUCUGCAAGAGGAGGGAGGAGAACGGGGAGGGCUACGAGAAAGCUCCAUCGUACAGCUUCAAGCAGUCUCUGAGUAUGAGUGCGGUGGGCAUCACUGAGAAUGCAAAGGGAGACAACAAGAAGUUUGAAAUCUGGUGCAACUCCAGAGAAGAGGUCUACAUUGUGCAGGCACCAACAGCUGAAGUAAAAACCACUUGGGUGAAUGAGAUCAGGAAAGUUCUGACAACCCAGCUGGAGGCCUGCAGAGCCAGCCAGCAGAGGGCGCCAGACCAGAUUUUCCAGUUUCCACCUGUACCCAGUGGGACAGUAAAUCUCAGUCCAUUCAAGAGCGGCCAGAGGAGCUUUAAAAAGGGAGAGGAGAAGAAAGCUGAGCCCUGCAGCCCCGACGUCAACUCCUCUUCUUCCCCAAAGCCCGCAGGAAAAGAUGAGGCUGUGACAAGCCCGACCUCAGACAGAGCUGCUGUGGCUAAAAAGCGCUUUACAUUGCAGGGCUUCAGUAACCUCAAAGCUCAGAAAGGAUCUCCCACCAGCCCGGAUCACAAGACGAAACGCCAAAGCGACCCAACGCCAUUCGGCUUCAAAGAUACAGGUCCUCCUCCCCUCCACCUGAGCAGGGCCAGGUGGUUCAGCACCUCUAGUCUCUUACAGACAAAGUUAAGAGGCUGGAACAAGGCCUCCCUGUCACUGGACGCCUCGGAGGAGCAUGACGGUUAUUCCAGCGCCGAGGAUCCCCUGAACUCUGACCAGGAGGACGAAAAUGGCAAGAAGCUGUGUGCUGGUAAAUACACAGUACUGGCCGACUAUGAGAAAGAUCAGGAGCUCUCAGUGAAGAGCGGAGACUUGGUGCAGCUGGUCAAGGAGGGGGAUGACGCACAAUGGUUUGUACGAAACCUGAACACAUCUAAGGAGGGCUGGAUCGCCGCCGCUAAUCUGAUCACCCUCAUCGAAAAGUCCAAGUCUUGUCAGUCUCUCACCAGCUCAGAAGGCAGCGGUUCUGGAAACCUCAGCACAUCAUCCAGCUGCAGUGAGACCUACACAAGCUUCUCCGACAUCAAACCCUGAACUCCUCAGCACGUCCUCCUUCGUCAACUCCCGAACGCUCGCAUCACGUUGCUCUCUGUGCUGUAUUGCCAACAUCGUACAAAUAUUUUCCACAGAAGGCUGUAUUUUUCCAUUAUUUUUAUCACGCACAAGCACCACAUAUAAAGACAACGGCACGUUUAGCUGUUGAUGCAUAACAGACGUACACGUUCCAUGAUGUAAUUUCACAGGAUAGUCAAGUGAUCUUCCGCUAGUCACCAACUUGUCUGUUUAUUUUUAUGAAGACAGACGAUUCAUGGGUUUAUAUUGUAAUAGAUGUAUGAAUGGGCCAGCAGGACUGAUCUCAGUUGAUGCAUCUAUUUAUGUUCAGCGGGGUAUUAUCAGCGAUCAUAUGCUGUCUGUGUGUUCAUCUGCACUAGUUUACCCAGGAGUUAGCUGGUUUUUCAACUGUUACUGUACAUAAAAAAAGAGGGACAGAGAUGAAUAUGGACGGCUUGUUUAGCUCAAAUGAAUGUUAUCUGGGAGUCACUUCUCUGCCCUCUGCUUUUUUCUUUUUUUUCCCUUUACAGGUUUAUUUAUUUGCAAAAAAACACCCACAUGUAUUCAGUUACUUGUAAUUUUCUUGCUGUCUUUUGAAUCCGUCUGUCUGUUGUCCAUCCAUCCAUUAGGAACCUGGUCUGCCACCUGUCCAGACUUUGUGUGUGUCCUUUCACAUCUCCGAUGGCCUCGUGGUCUAACUCUAUAUGGGUCUUCACAUAUGCUACAAUUUACAAAUGUUUCUCAGUGUGAAUAAUCAGAGAUCACUGUAUAGCGCUAACUUAUUCCCUGCAGAGGGAUCGUGUUCUGAAUGUAGAUAUUGUUCAUUAAUAUCCGUCUGUCAUGAAAUGUUUGUAAUGGAGAUGCUAUAUUGUACAUUAAGUAUGGUGAUGUCACUACUUUGUGACUUGUCUAAUUUUUUUACAUAAACGACUUGUGAUAAUUCA